AGCAUGCCUCUGAUGUCCGUGUCUCACUCACUUCAACCAAUGUGUUCGUCAUAGUGACGUUGUGAUCGAGCUGCUCCUCUCUCCCGCUCUCUCGGUUCAGAACAGCGCGUGCCUCAGAACCCUGAGAUAAACGGCUGUACGGCAGCGCCGGUACCGAGACGCCGCUCCAACAGAUCAACACUUGAAUAGAGCGACAGAGUGGAAACGGUCAAACCACUAUGGAUGCGUUCUGCUCAAAAAAUUUUUUUAACUCUUCUUUUGGGGGUAGUGUAAUGUAGACUUCAAGGGAUUGAUUGUUGUUAUUUUUCUUUGAUGUGUAAACUUUAACAACCACUUUUUAAAUCGUAAGGGAAUCAAAACCGCAAUAAUGAAUGAUAUUAAACUUGCAGUUUUGGGAGGCGAAGGAGUCGGGAAAUCAGCUCUCAUCGUUCGAUUCCUGACGAGGCGAUUUAUCGGCGAAUAUGCCUCAUCAUCAGAAUGCAUAUACAGGAAGCAUCUGUCUAUUGAUGGUAGACAGCUGAAUCUAGAACUCUAUGAUCCAUGCUCACAGGCCUGUGAGGGGAAGUCGACUCUGACCGACCAGAUCCACUGGGCUGAUGGCUUCGUAGUGGUCUAUGACAUCAGUGACCGCUCCUCCUUCAUCAAGGCUAAAGCCAUAGUACACCUGAUCAGAGAGUUAAACCUGGGAGUGGCCAAAAGGGAUGCAGACACUCUGGUGUUCCUGGUGGGUAACAAGCAGGACCUGUGCCACGUGAGGGAGGUGCGUCGAGAGGAAGGCCAGCGUCUGGCAGCCGAGUCCCAGACACAGUUCUACGAGCUCUCUGCAGCAGAACACUACCAGGAAGUGGUCCUCAUGUUCUCGAAGAUGGUCCACAAUGCCAGCCUUGGGGGCAAGGCCAAGGAGAGGAGACGGAGACCUAGUGGCUCCAAGUCCAUGGCCAAACUCAUCAAUAAUGUCUUCGGGAAGCGGAGGAAAUCAGUGUGAAAGGGGAGAUGGGAAAGGUCAAGUGUUUACCCCAGGCCUAAAGAAGCCUUGUUACUUCGUUACUCCCCUUGGGACUGUUGUUGAAUGGUGAAAGGGAUUGUGGGAAAAGGUCGAUCACGUUGAAUGGACCCACCACCAACAACAACAUGGGCUUCACCUACUUUACUUGCUGUUGCUAUUAUUAUUGUUGAUCAUGAAAAGUGUCAAUAAUAAUUAGACCCCCCCCACCAACCUCCACUCCUCUGGUUGCCAGCCACCAAGGGACAGCUCUAUGUGGUAUAAAUGGUUCUACACUUAGAACAGAGCUUAUUGGACUGAUAGGACUGCUGCUGCUUACAGACUUUCUGACUCGUGCUUACCAUACUCUCUACUGUGUGUGUGUGUAAAUGACACCACAGGGAGACUCCAUUAUUAGCUAUGUAGAGAAAAUGAUAGCACAGGGAGACUCCAUUAUUAGCUAUGUUGAGUAUAUGAUACCACGGAGACUCCAUUAUUAGCUAUGUAAAGUAUAUCACCACAUGGGGAGACUCCAUUAUUAUCUAUGUAAAAUAAAUAACACCACAGGGAGACUCCAUUAUUAGCUAUGUAAAGUCAAUGAUAGCACAGGGAGACUCCAUUAUUAGCUAUGUAAAGUAAAUGACACCACAGGGAGACUCCAUUAUUAGCUAUGUAAAGUAAAUGACACCACAGGGAGACUCCAUUAUUAUCUAUGUAAAGUAAAUUAUACCAUAGGGAGACUCCAUUAUUAGCUAUAUAAAAUAAAUGAUACCACGGGGAGACUCCAUUAGUUGUUAUGUAAAGUAAAUGAUACCACAGGGAGACUCCAUUAUUAGCUAUGUAAAGUAAAUGACACCACGGGGAGACUCCAUUAUUAUCUAUGUAAAGUAAAUGAUACCACAGGGAGACUCCAUUAUUAGCUAUGUAAAGUAAAUGAUACCACAGGGAGACUCCAUUAGUUGUUAUGUAAAGUAAAUGAUACCACAGGGAGACUCCAUUAGUUGUUAUGUAAAGUAAAUGAUACCACAGGGAGACUCCAUUAGUUGUUAUGUAAAGUAAAUUAUACCACGGGGAGACUCCAUUACUGGCCCUAAUGCCUCUACUGCUCAAGGCAUGCCACAGUCACAGAAACAGUCCAUGUUUCAUACAUAUUUCAUUAUGACUCAAGUGCAUCCCAAAUAGCACCCUAAUAUAUAAUGCACUAUGUUUGACCGGAGCCCUAUGGGCCCUUAUCGAAAGUAGUGCACUAAAUAGGGAACAGGGUGCCAUUUGGGAUGCCGCCUGAAUACCGCUACUGAAGAGAGCCAGCAGUUUAUUGGCAUGGAGGUUGUUUUUGGGGGGGAAAUUCUUUUCUGUGGUUACUGUGGUUUCCAGGGAAAGGUAAUGUAUCAUAAAAUAAUGAAUGUUUGUCUGUUUAGUUCCAUCUUCAUGUUGUUAAUUGUUCCCUGGAUUAAAGUCUGAAUUAUAAACUCAUAAAA